AUGAGGGUUGCUAGGGCGGACAACAGUCAACAGGGUAAGAAAGGAGCAGGGAGAUCGAGGAGGAAUCGAGGAGUGGGUGGAGUGUCAAAGGGUUUUGCACUGAAGCGUGGGAUGGGUGGGAGAAAGGGAGGAGCACGGGGGAGGAAGAGUAGUCGGAGCAAGGGGGCUUGUGGUCGGCUGGAUGGUGAAGAGGAGGCGGAAAGGUUGAGGGUGAGGGGGCAGAGGGAGGAGGGAGAGGAAGGAGGGGAGGGAGGGGAGAGAGGGAGACAUUUAGAAGAGGAGGAUAGCGAUGUGGUUCUGGUGGAGGGACCUGGGGAGGGGAGGCUGGGCGAGGAGGAGAAAGAGGGGUGCGCUGGUGUGGGGAGUGGUGCUGCGGGUGUGGGGGGCGAUGAGGGGAAUAGGACCUUGGACGCGUCUCAGAAAUCCGUUGGUGUGGGGAGUGAUGAGGGAAGUAAACGUUUGGACGCGUCUCAGAAAGGUGUUGGUGUGGGGAGUGAAGAGGGGAGUAAGGACUGGAAGGAGAGGAAUGUAAUCUGCACCCAAUAUCCAGCCAGAACGAAUAACGAGGCAUCUACUAACAGGGAUAGGAACUUGAUCUGUACUCAGUUUUUUGCUAUCGAGCCAAGGAGUGGGGAAGUGGGGAGCGGAGAGGGGGAGGAAGGAGAAGGAGAGGAGGUUGAGGAGAUUAUAAUGGAGGAGAGGGAGGAAGACGAGGAGACUGAGGAGGGGGAAGAGGAGGGAGACGAUGAGGGAAAGGAUGAGGAGGAAAAGGAAGAAGACGAGGAGGAGGAUGAGGAGGAGGAGGAGGAGGAGGAGGAGGAGGAGGAGGAGGAGGAGGAGGGGGAGGAGGAAGAGGAGGAGGAAGAAGAGGAGGAAGAGGAAGCAGACGGGGGCAAGGAAGGAGAUGAUACCAAAGGAGCAAAUGAUGAGGAUGGAAGAGGUAUCGAGUGGUAUGGGGGGGAUGAGGGGAGCCCGGAUGAGCACAGAGUUUUGACAGACGAGAGGGGUGGCAGGGGUGGGGAGAAGGACCACCAUAUAGGGCGCCUGCACUCCUGUGCAGCAUGCAUGCACGGCUGGGGUAAGGGGAACGAUAAUGGACUCGUGCACUCCUGCACCGCCUUUGUGCACGCUGUGCCGUAUGUCAGCCUGCUGCUGCCGCAUGUCACCUUCACUCUGCAUGGGCUGUGCGGUCCAGAUGAGCAAGGGGAAAAAGGAGAUCUAGAGGAGCAAGAGCCAGAUGCUCGUUUCUCUUCCAUCGGAGAGUCGGCACAUGGAGAGAUGGUGGCAGAGGCUGCAACAGGAUGCAUGCAGAAUGCAAGAGCACAGGACGACCUGAGAAAGGCCCUUGAAGCUUGCCGGUUGCAGGCGUCUAGGCGCAGGGGCGCACCUGCCAGCCCUGCUGGGAUACAGGACUUGAGCUUCCUGCUUGACAAGCCCCUCCUCGUCUUAGCCCCUCCUCGCUUCCCUCCCCGCCUUCCCCCUUCGUCUUUCCUCCUCGCCUUUUCCCUGCGCGACCUUCCCCCUCCUCGCUUUCCUCGCUUCUCCCCCUCCUCGCUUUCCUCGCCUUUCCCCCUCCUCGCCUUUCCCCCUCUUCGCUUUUCCCCCUCCUCGCCUCUCCCUCUUCUCGCCUUUCCGUACCUUCCCCCCUUCCCUCAAAUACCCUUAACCGCCUCCUCCCCCUCUCUUGCACCCCAUUCCCCCACUUUCAUUCCCGCUCCGUCAUCAGCACUCGCCGCACAGGGGGUCAAAGAUGUGAUAGGAAAGGGUGCAGGAGAAGAGGGGGAGGAGGGAUGGGAGGGAGAGGGGGAAAAGCGUGGAGGUUACGGGGGAAAAGAGGUCUCUGUUUCCUCUUCAGGUCCCUGUUUCCUCUUCUGGUCUCUGUUACUGUUUCUCGAGCGCAGCCUUGGGCCGAGCCUAACCGCACACGGAGUGGGCUUUGUGGGAGUUUCUUCUCCUGCCUUCAAGAAACGAGAGGGCAAGGAGAUGACAGAGGAGAAAGCAGAACAGGAAAGGAGGAGUGGAGAACCGUUAGAAACGAGAGAGGAGGGAGAGGGGUUAGGGGAAGUAGGGAAGGGAGAAGGGAUUGGGGAAGGCGAAGGGGAAGGGGAGCGAGGGGAGGCGAAGGAGGGAGGGGAGAUUGACCAGGGAAAGGGGAGAAAGCGGAGGAGGAUCAUUCGCUUGAGUGAAGGAAAUGAAGAGGAGAACGAAGGGGGGGAUACAAACGAUGACGAAGAGGAGGGGUGGGGAGAAGAGGAGGAGGGGUGGGGAGAAGAGGAGGAGGGACGUCAUCGCAGGGAAUGCUUUGAAGCCAUUAAGAAGUGCCUGGAAGCUUGUGACGGGGCAGAGGGGACGAAGGGGGCGGAGGGGGCGGAGGGGGCGGAAGAGGCGGAUGAUGCAGAAGGGACGAAGGGGCUGGAGGGACAAGGUGGCAGCAGCCUGAGCAGCAUGGGUGACGAGCAGCCGCAAGAGACACGCAAGCUUAUAGUCUUUAACCUGUUUGCCCUUGUAAGGCCUCCCCACCAGUUCCCUUCGCUCUUUGCUCGCAGCCACCCGUCCCUUUUCCGCCGGUUGCAACGAGCAGUUAGCCCACACGAGCUAUCAUGGGCGGAGGUGUCAGAAUGGAUGUGGCCGCUGCUCUUCCCCUGCCACCGGUGGGCACGGUGGAGGGAAGCUUCUCUGUGCCUUCCUCCCUGCGCUCUCCUGGAUCCGGUAACAGAUGAGCCGACCCACGAAUGGCCUGCGCCCACACCCUUGCUCUGCUCUACCAGUACUUCCACCCUCCUCGCGUGCUGGGCGUACCGCGUAGCCAGAACAAUGUGUUCUAUGUGGGCUUCAGUUCCAUGGGCAGCUGAAGCCCUCAACCUGCGAGCCGUGGUCGUGACAAGUGGCGACAGCGCAUUGGAGGAGGCAGUCGCUGCAGUGUGCAGGGACGAAAAGCAGCACGUGCAGGAGCAAGAGGAGGAGUGGCGAAAAAGAGCAGCAGAUUUGGUUGCAAGGGGCAGAGGCGAAAUGCUGUCAGUGGAUGAGAAACGGUGGCUGUUGUCCCAGCGACCAUCCCAACCAACACCACCCCAAUUGUCAACCUCACCGCUCUUGCCUCUCGGCCUUCCCAGGAUGUUUGCGGGUGGGAUGGUCCUUGCCCUUCGGGGCCCUGUCUCUCACGAGUGGCUCUUCCCCCGCUGCUGCUUUGUGCUGCACCAUGCCGGCAGCGGCACCACAGCAGCAGCACUGCGAGCAGGCGUGCCCCAGCUCCUCUGCCCCUUCAUUCUCGACCAGCACUACUGGGCUCACCGCCUCUGCUACCUUGGGGUCGUCCCCCCUCCUCUCCGCCCGUCUGACCUCAUGCCUGUAGAGUCGGCGCACCAUUCACCAGUAGCAACCGUCGUGAGUCGCUUCGCUGCUGCAUUGGGUGUGGGCAUGAGGGAGCGCGCACAGGAGCUAUCACGAGAGAUACAGACAGAG